GGAAUAAAAAAACGAAAUCAUUAACGAAUACUUAUUAAUUUAAAAUAUAAGAAUAAUAAUGCAAUUAAAACAAAGUGUAAUGUUAAUGGCAAUAGCCAGUUUGGUAAUUUUUACCCAAGGUAGUGCUGUGCCACAACAAGAUACUAACCUAAGCUUACUGAAUUUUAUGGCACGAUCAAAUAGUUUAAUGCAAAGAAAUCCUUCACGUUCUUUGGAAUGUUUCAAUUAUUAUAUUCCAUUGAUCGACAAGAUUGCCAAAGAGUAUGAAGCUAAUUAUGGUGCUUGUGUACAGGAAUCACAGAAUGAACGUGAUCAAGCCGAGGAAGCUACUUUAGAACAACGUAAUGAUUUAGCUUCUCGUGCUGAAAACUCAUGCAACGUAUUGAGUCAAUGCAGUGAAAAAGAGUCGGCUGAACAAGUUUUUGAAUGUUUUGUUGAAGGGGGCUCGGAAAAUGCCAAGAUUAUGUAUGGUAUCAAUGCUGAUGCUUCUGAACAUUUAUCUGAAUUGAUAGAAGAAUUCCGUUUGAUCAGCAAUAGAGAAUACAAAUGUACCAAUGAAACUAAGCGUCAAUAUGAAAAGGAUUCCGCUAAAGCUUAUGAAGAAUUGAACAGUUGUAUUUUGGGUCUAACAGAAGUGCCAACCCCAACUGAUGCGCCUGAAGUAACUGAUGCUCCAGAGGUUACUGAUGCUCCAGAGGUAACUGAUGCUCCAGAGGUUACUGAUGCUCCAGAGGUUACUGAUGCUCCAGAGGUAACUGAUGCUCCAGAGGUUACUGAUGCUCCAGAGGUUACUGAUGCUCCAGAGGUAACUGAUGCUCCAGAGGUAACUGAUGCUCCAGAGGGAAAUGGAAGUGACGAGAGUACUGAAAGUUCUGAAAAUACUGCAAGUCCUGAAAAUAAACUACCAGAAGAAGAUCUUUCAUCACUUCGUAGAAAACCCCACUCUCGCUUCCAUAAAUAUAAACAUUAAAUUUCUUUAUUAUUAAUUAAUAAUUAUAUAUUUAAAUACUAAUUAUUAUACAUAUACACAUAUACAUAUACAAAAAAAGGAUUAUGUAUGUAUGUA